UUCUUCUUCUUCUUCUGCUUCUUUAUUUGAACCUCAAUUCCUCUCGCCUCCGCUUGGAACUAACAAGACAUCUAUCUUUCUUCUCGUCCCUUCGAACCGAAGAACAGACCGAAACCAUCUAUCCGCCUGCCCUACACUAUCCUACACUAUCAUACCCUAGAGCUUGUAGAUACAUACAAGCGCUCUUUGUCCUUAAUUUUUCUUUUCCUUCUUUUUUUUUUUUUUUUUUUUUUUUCCUUUUCUUUUUUCCCCCCUUCCACCCACCCUCCCCGAAACCACCACCAGGAGAAGAAUCUUUCUUCUUCUCUGAUGAAACGGGAGCCUCGCUAGGCGGAACGACAGUGCUAGUCGGUAGUUCCCGCCUUAUCCUACCUUUCGAUCUCCACUCGUUGGGUUACUUACUGGCUCCGCGCAACAAUUGCUUCGCGCCGCCCCCCACGCCUCAGUUAUAUAGUUCGCAAGUGACUGACGCCUUAUUGUAUCUUCUCCUUCGCUGAAGAGGAUAAUAGUAAGGUUUGCUACCAGUUUGGGACGCGGAAAAAAGAGAAGAAAAACACAUAGACAAUAUAGAGAGUUGUGACGCAUUUACGAAACGAGCGGGAAAAAACUGGAAAAUAGGAGAUAAAAGCACGGAAAUUUUUCUUGUCGAAAAAUAAGGAUAUCUUUAUUGGAUUUUUUUUGUCCUCUCUCCUUGUUGAGUAAAUCUACCUUUUUUGCCUUUUACCACCCUCUUUUUUUCCCCCUGCGGAACAUGGGUCUUUCGUCGUCUCUCCCCUUUAAAAAUCCAUAAUUCUUACUCAUAGAACAAUCUUGUUGUCCGCUUUGAUUUUCAAGGUUUUCAAUUCUUUUCCCUGAAGACUCUGUGACAAACUUCCCCAAUUUCACGACUCGACUUUUUUUUACGUGAUUAAGAAAUACAUUUCACAACCAUGUUGCGAACUGCUACGGUGAAGGCGUCCUCGAGCGCUGCGUUCCUCCGCCGCUCGCCCUGCGCGUGCAACACCCGAUCAUUUUCCGUCGUUUCGUCGAAACCCGCCAAUGUCAUGUCGCGGAGUAGCUCCAGGCUGCAUCUGGCCUCGCGGAGACCCUUGGCUGUCGUUGGUCGCCAGCAGGUAUGGAAUCAGAAGAGAUAUAAGGCCAUUGCUGCCGAGGAGUCUAGUAAAGGAGUGGAUCCUAACGAUUCCUUCCUUCAAGGGAGCACCGCGAAUUACAUUGAUGAGAUGUACAUGGCUUGGAGAAAGGACCCCACAAGCGUUCAUGUCUCAUGGCAAACAUACUUCCGCAAUAUGGAGGAUGGCAAUAUGCCCAUCUCGCAAGCCUUCCAACCUCCGCCAACCCUCGUCCCAAUCCCAACCGGCGGUGUCCCUCAACAUAUGCCCGACGCUGGGACCGCCAGUGCUGCUGGGACCGAAGUAUCGAACCACUUGAAAGUCCAGCUUUUGGUGCGCGCAUACCAGGCCCGCGGACACCACAAAGCAAAAAUUGACCCCCUGGGAAUUCGUGGCGAAGCCGAGACUUUCGGAUACAACAAGCCCAAGGAGCUGGAGUUGGAUCAUUACGGAUUCACUGAGAACGAUCUGGACCAAGAAUUCGCCCUUGGACCUGGUAUUCUGCCACGUUUCGAGACCGCGACGAGGAAAAAGAUGACCCUGCGGGAGAUCAUUGCUGCGUGUGAGAAGAUCUACUGCGGUUCGUACGGUAUUGAGUACAUCCACAUCCCGGACCGAGUACCUUGCGAUUGGAUCCGUGAUCGCGUUGAGAUCCCGACGCCUUACAAAUACUCCGUCGAUGAGAAACGUCGCAUCCUUGAUCGCCUGAUUUGGAGUUCUAGUUUCGAGGCUUUCCUUGCCACCAAGUUCCCCAACGAUAAGCGCUUCGGCCUCGAAGGUUGCGAAACCCUGGUUCCGGGAAUGAAAGCUCUGAUUGACCGCAGCGUUGAAUAUGGUAUUAAGGAUAUCGUCAUUGGUAUGCCACAUCGUGGUCGUCUCAAUGUGCUUAGUAACGUUGUGCGAAAGCCCAAUGAAUCCAUUUUCAGCGAAUUUGGCGGUACCAUGGAGCCAUCUGAUGAAGGAUCUGGAGAUGUCAAGUACCAUCUUGGCAUGAAUUUUGAACGGCCUACGCCCUCCGGCAAGCGCGUUCAGCUUUCCCUCGUUGCUAACCCGUCGCAUCUGGAAGCUGAGGACCCUGUUGUUCUCGGAAAGACUCGCGCCAUCCAGCAUUACAACAACGACGAAAAGGAAUUCAACACUGCCAUGGGUGUGCUCCUUCACGGCGAUGCUGCAUUUGCUGCCCAGGGCGUCGUUUACGAAACUAUGGGAUUCCACUCGCUUCCCGCAUACUCCACCGGGGGAACGAUCCAUAUCAUCGUGAACAACCAAAUCGGCUUCACCACUGACCCCCGCUUUGCUCGUUCCACACCAUACUGUUCUGAUAUCGCCAAGGCAAUCGACGCGCCUGUCUUCCACGUCAACGGAGAUGAUGUUGAAGCGCUCAACUACGUCUGCCAGAUGGCAGCUGACUGGCGCGCGACCUUCAAGCGCGACGUAGUCAUCGACAUCGUCUGCUACCGGAAACAGGGCCACAACGAAACGGAUCAGCCUUCCUUCACCCAGCCCCUGAUGUACAAGCGCAUCGCAGAGCAGACCAACCAACUCGACAAGUACGUCGACAAGUUGAUCCGGGAGAAGACUUUCAGCAAGGAGGACAUCGAGGAGCACAAGAAGUGGGUCUGGGGGAUGUUGAACGAUAGCUUCGAUCGCAGCAAGGACUACCAGCCCUCCAGCAAAGAGUGGUUGACGUCCGCAUGGAACGGAUUCAAAACCCCGAAGGAACUGGCUACGGAGGUUCUCCCGCACCCGCCCACUGGCGUCCCCACAGAAACGCUGAAGAAAAUUGGCGAGGUUCUUGGCAACAUCCCUGAAAACUUCACCGUGCACCGUAACCUGAAACGUAUCUUGGCGAACCGGAAAAAGACCAUCGAAGAAGGUGAGAAUAUCGAUUGGUCGACCGCUGAGGCGCUUGCGUUUGGUUCUCUCUGUGCUGAGGGCCACCAUGUGCGUGUCUCUGGACAGGAUGUGGAGCGUGGUACCUUCUCGCAGCGCCAUGCGGUUCUGCACGACCAAGAGAAUGAGGCGACCUACACAGCGCUACAGCAUAUCAGCCCCGAUCAAGGGAAGUUUGUCAUCUCGAAUUCUUCCCUUAGCGAGUUUGGCGUCUUGGGCUUCGAAUACGGAUAUUCCCUCACCUCCCCCGAUGCAUUCGUUAUGUGGGAGGCUCAAUUCGGCGAUUUCGCCAACAACGCUCAAUGUAUCAUCGACCAGUUCGUCGCGUCCGGUGAAUCCAAGUGGCUUCAGCGGUCUGGGCUUGUCAUGUCUCUGCCACAUGGUUAUGACGGCCAGGGUCCCGAGCACUCCUCCGCUAGAAUAGAACGUUAUCUCCAACUGUGUAACGAAGAUCCAAGAGUGUUCCCCACUGGUGACAGAAUCGACCGCCAACACCAGGACUGCAACAUGCAGAUUGCUUACAUGACCACGCCAUCCAACUUGUUCCACGUCAUGCGCAGACAGAUGAACAGACAAUUCAGAAAACCCCUAAUAAUCUUCUUCUCCAAAUCUCUCCUCCGCCACCCCCUAUGCCGCUCGCCGCUCUCAGACUUCACCGGCGACUCUCACUUCCAAUGGAUAAUCCCGGAUCCAGAACACCACACAGGCGCUGUAAACAACCACAAAGACAUCGACCGCGUAAUAAUAUGCUCCGGCCAAGUCUACGCCGCUCUACAAAAACACCGCACCGCACACGGCAUCAAAAAUACAGCCAUAACGCGCAUCGAGCAAAUGCACCCCUUCCCCUGGCAGCAACUCAAAGAGAACCUGGACAGCUACCCGAACGCCAAGGACAUCGUCUGGUGCCAGGAGGAGCCGCUGAACGCGGGUGCAUGGAGCUACAUGCAGCCGCGCAUUGAGACGCUGCUGAACGAGACGGAGCACCAUAACCGCCGCCAUGUGCUGUAUGCUGGCCGCCACCCGAGCGCGAGUGUGGCGACGGGUAUGAAGGCUAGCCAUGUUAAGGAGGAGCAGGAGUUGCUGCAAGAUGCGUUUGAGGUGCAUCAGGAUCGGUUGAAGGGGGAGUAAGGAUAUGAGGUCCACAUAAAAAAAAAAAAGAGAGAACCGGGGGUUUGGGGGGUGAAAGAUUUUUUUCUUUCUGCUUUUUCACCCUUGCUUUUUUUCCCCCCUUGUUAAUUACUUGUUCAUUGCGAUAUGGAUUUUUUUCGUGAAGAAUAUUGAAUCCUUUUUUUAUUGUCGUUUUCCUAUUGUAUAUCUUUUUAUUUCCCUCACUUGCCUUCAUUUCCUGUUUAGCCGCAUUAUCUCUUGAUAUUUUUACUGUACCUCUUCCUUUUCCCUUUGUAAAUUUCCAUCGUCAUCAUCAUCUUCCUCCCCGUUAUUAAAACACCCAUCCACAAAAUAAUCCCCAAUUUUCCCCCAUCUCCUAUUGUUCUUAUCGUAGCAUAUGCGUUUCCAUUCCAUUCCAUAUUUCAUUCCUUUCCUUUUCUCGUCCUCCUCUUCCUAUUACUUUUUUUUCUUCCCACAUCUUUUUUAAUCCGGGCUCCCCAAAAAUAUCGACAUAUGAAACGUCAACCAACGAAAAAAAAACUACAACAAAACCAAAAAAAAAAGCUAGCUGUAAGAGUUGGUAUCUCACUUUCGCCUUUGUUUUCCCAUGAAUUCUUUCUCUGUUUGACUGAUGGGAUUAUUUGAUUUGAUAUACACCGAAUGAAAAUGGUUUCUGCUGAGAACAGAGGAAGAUCGCAAUUGAUGUAUGUUUCACUGCCGUUGUGUAUUUUACUGAGGUCAAAAGGGGAGAUAGAGAGACAGAGAGUGUGUGAGAGAAGGAGGGAGGGAGGGAGUAGAUCAGAUUAAUCAUGGCUAAAUAGCGAUAUACAUGGUUUUUGUGUGUAUUGUACAUCCUACCUACUUUUUUCGAAAGCCUGGUUUAUUAUUAUAUAGAAGUGGGAAGGAAAGAGAACAAAAAAUGUAAAUUAGAUGAUGAUUUUUAUACUUGAUAUUUGAUUUCAUGUCUUCUUUUUUUUUCUUUUUUUGGUUUCCCACUGGUUUACCAUUUUGGGUUCUUUGAUAAGUGAUAAAUAUGUAUUUCGCUAUAUGUCCUGUGAGAAUAUCCAAGAUUAUAAGCUGUCUGCACUGAAAGAAUUCAUGAAUCUAUGA